GGCUGGGCCUGGAAGCCGCCCGCCCGCCAGCCCCGCUGCUUCCCCUCCUCCUCCGGGUUCGGGGGGUCCCCGGGCUCAGCCCCCGAACGCCCCUCUCUUCCGUUCGCCAUGUCAUUUCCUGUGCUAAUAAGAUGGUGGUCACGGCCGGGAGGGAGGGAGCCGCCGCAGCUGCAGCCUCCUCCUCUGCCACCGCGCCCGGCCCGGCCCCGGGACCCGUCCUCGCCUGGGACUAACGAGCCAGGCUGGACUGGCCGGGCCGGCGCCGCAGGAGGAGGAGGAGGAGGCAGAAGAAGACGGGGGUGGCAGAGCGGGUGGCCGCCAGAAGAGCUGAGCUGCCCCCGGACGACGAGCCAGGGCCCCGCAGUGCCGAGAUUGAAUAUUAUGGAAAUAUUUAGACUAGGGAAGAUGAGCUAAAAGUGUUUCAACCAUGUAGACAGAUUUGCAAGCCCUGAAAAAUGUCAGUUGUAUAAUGAAAGUGUUAAAAGCUUGCAAGAAAUCAGACAUCAGGAGCUGUAGUGGCUCCCACGCUGCUAAAGAACAUGACUGAAAAACUAAAGGAUUGCUUGGGAGAAAUGGUAACAAUCAAGACAGAACCAUGUUCUCCAUGCCAGGAAGAAGGAUAUGGACAAUUUGGCUCUCAAAAGUUUGAUUCUCACUCUAUGGAUGUGGAGCCUAAAAAGCUAAAAGGAAAGCAGGAGUUGGUUAUGUCCAAAAGUUUUCAGCAGGUGGAUUUCUGGUUUUGUGAGUCGUGCCAGGAAUACUUUGUAGAUGAAUGUCCAAAUCAUGGCCCACCAAUGUUUGUGGCUGAUGCUCCAGUACCCAUUGGCAUCCCUGAACGAGCUGUGCUCACUAUCCCUCCUGGUAUGGAAGUGAUCAAAGAGCCAAAUGGGGAACGAGAUGUGCGCUGCGUAAAUGACGUUAUCCCCAAAGGUCGCAUCUUUGGACCAUAUGAAGGGAAGCUGUCUAGUCAGGACAAGUCAGCAGGAUUUUUCUCUUGGCUGAUCAUUGAUAAGAACAACCACUAUAAAUCCAUAGAUGGAACAGAUGAGACUAUAUCAAACUGGAUGAGGUAUGUGGCCAUAUCUCGAGAGGAGAGAGAGCAGAAUCUAAUGGCAUUUCAGCACAGCGAGAGGAUUUAUUUUCGGACUUGUCGGGACAUCCGGCCAGGGGAGAGACUGAGGGUCUGGUAUAGUGAAGAUUACAUGAAGCGGCUGCACAGUAUGUCUCAGGAGACCAUCAACCGAAACCUCACAAGAGGGGACAGAAAAUUACUAAGAGAAAAGACAGAAAGAAUUAUAGAAAGCCAAGAAGAUGUGAUCUACCCUCUUGAGCUCACUACAUCAAAACCAGGGAAGAGUUCCUACAAACGUAGCUUUGAAGAAGGGAUAUCUCAACCCCAAACCAAGAAAAAGAAAAUAGACCUCAUCUUCAAAGAUGUCCUAGAGGCUUCUCUGGAAUCAACUAAGGUAGAAGAUCAUAAGUUCACCAAAAAUUCUACCCCUUCCACUCGAAAAUCCUUGAGAUUCCAAAUUCAAGAUGUCUCAGAAACUUGUGGGACUAAUGUUCAAGACAGUUCUCCUAAUCACAGUAGACACAGAAAUGAGGGUGAGUGGAAGGUCCCUCACGGUUCUCACUUUACCACAUCCAAAGAAAUUGGCUUGCUGGAAGAAGAAGGUGAAGAACCUUUGUCAUUUAAAGUGAACAGCCCCACUGAUCUGUCUCUGGUGUCAAGUCAAGAUGAUGCUCUCGAACUCCCAACAACUUCCUUGUGUCCCAACUGCAUACGGCUGAAAAAAAAGAUUCGGGAAUUGCAGGCUGAGCUAAAUCUGCUAAGAUCUGGCAAGUUAGCUGAGCCAUCUCUACUACCUCCUCAGGUACCUGAGUAUCAAGCAUUUUCAUAUCCCACUGCUUCAGAAAGCAUCAUGUCUGUCCCUACCAUAAUGGAAGAUGAUGAUCAGGAAGUAGAUUCAGCAGAUGAAUCCGUUUCAAAUGACAUAAUAACAGCCACAGAUGAGCCUUCCAAGAUGUCUGCUGUCACCAGAAGGAUCCGGCGCUUCAAGCAAGAGUGGCUAAAAAAGUUCUGGUUUCUGCGGUACUCUCCUACGUUGAAUGAAAUGUGGUGUCAUGUCUGUCGGCAGUAUACAGUGCAGUCUUCUCGAACUUCAGCCUUCAUCAUUGGCUCAAAGCAAUUCAAGAUCCACACUAUAAAACUUCAUAGCCAGAGUAAUCUCCACAAGAAGUGCCUGCAGCUCUACCGGCUCAGGAUGCACCCAGAGAAGACAGAAGAGAUGUGUCGAAAUAUGACUUUAUUGUUUAAUACAGCCUAUCAUUUAGCUAUGGAAGGCCGGCCAUAUUGUGACUUUAGACCUCUUGCAGAACUACUGAGAAAGUGUGAACUCAAAGUGGUGGAUCAGUAUAUGAAUGAGGGAGACUGUCAAAUCUUAAUCCAUCAUAUUGCUAGAGCUCUUAGAGAAGAUCUCAUUGAACGGGUGAGGCAAUCUCCUUUCCUCAGCAUCAUUUUAGAUGGGCAGAGUGAUGAUUUACUUGCUGACACCGUUGCAGUUUAUGUACAGUACGUCAGCAGUGACGGACCUCCUGCCACUGAAUUCCUUUCUCUCCAAGAACUGGGAUUUUCUACAACGGAUAGUUAUGUUCAAGCAUUAGAUCGGGCUUUUUCAUCUCUGGGUAUGAGGCUGCAAGAUGAAAAGCCAAGUGUUGGUUUGGGGAUAGAUGGUGCUAACAUUACUGCCAGUCUAAGAGCAAACAUAUACAUGACAAUCAGGAAAACUCUGCCUUGGUUGCUCUGCUUACCUCUGAUGGUACACAAGCCACACUUGGAAAUAUUGGAUGCAAUUAGUGGGAAAGAACUACCCUGCCUUGAGGAACUAGAGAACAACCUGAAGCAGUUACUCAGCUUUUACCGUUACUCUCCCAGGCUGAUGUGUGAGCUAAGGGUCACUGCUGCUACUCUCUGUGAAGAGACUGAGUUCUUGGGAGAUAUUCGAGCAAUCAAAUGGAUCAUUGGGGAACAAAAUGUCCUCAAUGCUCUCAUCAAGGACUACCUGGAAGUAGUGGCUCAUCUGAAAGAUGUCAGUGGCCAAACACAAAGAGCAGAUGCUUCUGCUAUUGCCUUGGCUCUCUUGCAAUUCCUUAUGGACUAUCAAUCCAUUAAGUUAAUAUAUUUUUUGCUUGAUGUCAUUGCAGUCCUUUCACGACUUGCCUUCAUUUUCCAAGGUGAAUACCUCCUUAUAUCCCAAGUAGAUGAUAAAAUAGAGGAGGCCAUCCAAGAAAUUAGCAGACUGGCAGACUCUCCUGGGGAAUAUCUACAGGAAUUUGAGGAGAAUUUCCGUGAAAGCUUUAAUGGUGUUGCUGUGAAAAACCUACGGGUGGCUGAAGCCAAAUUCCAGUCAAUUCGAGAAAAAAUAUGCCAGAAGACCCAAGUGAUUCUGGCUCAAAGAUUUGAACCUCGCAGUCGAGCAUUUGUGAAAGCGUGCCAGGUUUUUGAUCUUGCAGCUUGGCCCAGAAGUGCAGAAGAGCUUAUGAGUUAUGGCAGGGAAGACAUGAUGCAAAUAUUUGAACAUCUGGAAGCAGUGCCAUCGUUUUGCACAGAAAUCAGCAGAGAAGGCAUAGAUACCAGAGGGAGUUUGCUCAUGGAAUGGCGAGAACUCAAGGUGGAUUAUUAUACCAAAAAUGGCUUUAAAGAUUUAAUCAGUCAUAUUUGUAAAUACAGACAGAGAUUUCCUCUUUUAAAUAAAAUAAUCCAGAUCCUCAAAGUCCUUCCCACUUCCACAGCAUGCUGCGAAAAGGGAAGAAAUGCUCUUCAGAGAGUGCGCAAAAACAAUCGUUCCCGACUUACUCUGGAACAACUCAGCGAUCUUUUGACAAUUGCUGUAAAUGGACCACCUAUUGCCAACUUUGAAGCCAAACGGGCACUAGACAGUUGGUUUGAGGAGAAAUCUAGCAAUAGUUAUGCACUGUCUGCAGAAAUGUUAAGCAGGAUGUCCACCCUGGAUCAGAAACCUGUGCUGCAAAGCAUGGACCAUGGAUCAGAAUUUUAUCCUGAUAUUUAACAAGGAAUGCCUCUUGUUUAGAGAACUGGUGAUUUUUUUUUUUAAUCAAUACUCUAAGCUUUGGUAUAUUACACAUACACUCCCACACAGACACACAGACACACACACAGAUGCACAUGUAUGAUGUAAACUCACACUGAAAAUGUAAGCUGAUCUGAUGGAUGCUAAGAGAAACACAGCAACAUUUACUAUGUACUGACAUCUUCAACUGUGGCAGCUGCAAUGUAGGUGGCAACCUUUCAUUUUUCAGAAACACGUACUGGGGCCAUAGUCUGCAUUAUCAACCUGACUCAAUUUAUAAGCUAGACAUGGCAGGCCAAUGUCAUCCUACAUCUCUCUAUGCUUUUACGUGUAUGUCUGUUUUUUUACCUCUCUAGUAUUUUCCUUCUGUUAGUCAGCCAUUGAGCCAUUUAGUCCUUUGCUUAUCAUCACUGGGAUUUCUGAGCCCUGUGCACACAGAUCGUGGAUUUUGUUUCUAGCUUCUCAAGAUCAUAUAGGUUAGAUUGAAUCCCUCUGGUAAUCUGGUUAAUUUUCAGGCUAUUGUCAAUUAGCCAGAAUAAUUUUUCUUAGCAUGACACAUCAGUGGGCAAUUCCGGGGUUAGGCAAAUGUCCUGUGAAAACUCUACUAACAAGUUCAUAUAUCUCCUUACAAUAUUGAUAGCAUGUUCCUGUGAAAAUAGCAUAAUUCAGAUUAGGGAAAUGGGGAGGGGGUGUUUUUGCAUUUAUAUUUUUAUAUAGCAGGAAUAAGGAAAUUAAUUAAAACUUCUUUACUGAUAACCCAGGCUGCUGUGGAAGCUAGAUAGCCAAUGAGUCAAAUCCUUUAAGAGGAUAUAGACUCCAGGGCUUAAAAAUACACAUAUGCUAAUUUUAUGUUAUUUAUACUUGGUCUUUAUAAUCAUAAAUUGAUUGUGUUUUCUGUUUGUUUGUUUGUUCGUUUGUUCUUAAUAAGUGAAAGAAAUACCUGCUAUCUUUGUGUGCAGGAUAUAUCAAUGCAAAAUUCAUCUUUAUUGCUUAACAAUUCUCAAGGUCCUUUUCCUGGUUCACAUAUCCUUCUUUUACUAACAUUUAAAGUUCCAUUGUGUGGCUAAAAGAAAAACAGAGUAUUGUGCAUAUACCUGUGAACUUCUUUCAAAGAGUGCAUAGUCUAAUAGAUAUGUGGACUAUGAGAUUUGAAGUUAAAAUAAUACACGCAUUAUGAAGAACUUUUUUUAGCUUAAUAAAUAAGGUUUGUUUAGGAUAAACAAGCCUAAAUAAACAGAGAGCCUCCACACCUGUUUGUGCCAUACCCUUCUGAUAUAUCAUAAAGCAGUGUUGGGAAGUUUUGACUGUAUUAGAUGAUCACAGAAGUAAAAUAUAAUUUUGGCUGCAGGAUCUAUUAGGGUAGCAUGUUUCCAGAGGGACUAAACUCAUGCCAGUUUGCAUUUUUUUCCUUUUAAAUACAGUAAAAUGAUGUCAGUUACACUGAACCUAUCCAUUUUCCUUCUCUCCAUUCCCAUUUUCUUCAUCUUCUUCCGGUUAGUCUUGGUGCUAAAUUUCUCUGGAACCAUUGCUGCUAAGUAGGUAGUUUUUCAUUUAUAUAACAAUAUAUUGCGUUAUUUUUAAACAAUAUGUUUUCAGUGAUAAUGUAGCAUGUGGUUAAAACAGUCUAUCUCAGGACAUAUCUACACCGGCAUCUUUUCCUGUAUCAUUUUUGUUUGUUCGAUUUUAAUUUGUCUUUUGAUACUCAUUGUUCCAGUAAUCAUCCUGGCUUAGUUUUUAUAAGUAUGUUAUCGUUAUGUGCAAGAUUUUAAGCUUUUUUAAAAAAUAAUAAUGUUGACAUAGACUAUCAAAGAAGAGGCCAUCAUGCCUCCACGCCACCUCUUAGAAUUUGCAAAUCAGUUGGAGUUUUCAGGAAAACUUGUCCAGGCGAUUCCUGGGCAGAAAGGGAAAAAUAUCUGAGGUCUUUAUAAUAAUGCACAAGAUACAAUAAUGCAUAAGAAGACUUUUUAAGAAAUAAAUAAGGAGAUAAAGGAGGAGUGGGAUGGGAAGUAGAGAUUGAGGUUUGGAAUGGAAUGGAACAAUCCUUUGUCCCAUCUAAUUGCAAAAAAGUUGCCCCUUUGCUAAGGUGGUUACCAACCUCAGUUUGGGAGUAAGAAACAGGAAGUGAACAACUAAUUGACUCAAUCACAGACAAGAAAACGCAGAAUGUUGAACAGAUGGAUUUCUACCUUUAGUCACUUCCACUGCUGAUGGCUCAUGCUCUGCCUUCUCAUUCUACACACUCUUUCUUUCUGCAUAACAGAGAAGCACAUAAAUUUGCCCUUGAUUCAUUAGUAACUUCAAAAAUGUUCAUAAAUGACAUUUUAUAUUGGACUUAGCGGUUCCCUUUCUCCAAUGUUAUGUAUUGGGUGAUGAUAAAUACUGAAAUUGAUAAAAUGAUGAAAUAUCAAAGCCAUAGGGCUUUGACCAUUUGAUUGUAUUUAUAAACACUAGGCAUAUCAAUGGAGCUACAACAAUAUAUAUAAUUUUUCUAAGCAUUGGGGCAACUUGUGGUUCAGAAAGCAUUACUAUGACCAAAAGCGCCUAUAUGUAUAGGCAAUAAGAGAAAAGCCUUGUAGACCAUGCUUCAUAAUGGUCUACAGUUAUGAAAACAAUUCACCCUGGUUGUCCCAAAGGUGCUUCCAAAAGGUACCUGGAAUUUUUUAGUUUUUUCUUUGAAAAUGUUUCACUUCUUGGAUGAGAAGUGAAAUGUUUUUGAGGAGAAAAGUAAGAAAGUCCAGUUGCCUCUUGAAAAAGCACUUUUGGGACAACCAUGCCUUGGAUGAAUGAGGUCUCCAAAGAUAUUCACCCUAGUAUCUUCAAUUAUAUUUACUCCAGUUGCCGCUUAUUAAAACAAGACACUUCUUGAUUUUCUUGAUUUUUUACUUUUCCUGUUGUCAAAGUUUUAGCCUCUGGCCCAUUUACCCCAUGCAGUUGAUUAAGAAUCUUUUGAUGUUGAUUUUUGAAAGAAUUCAUAUAAGAGAACCUUUCAAAGCAAGUGAACUAUGUUGAUAAUUUCCAGGAUUUAGAAGAGAAUUUGUGCUUUGCAGCACUUCUUCCCUUUGUGCGCCUGUGUUAUAAUAGCAUGAAUAUAUUAAAUAGAGUGAAUCCAACCUAUGAUUUAUAUUAGAUGCAGAAAAUUUCAACACAGAAAGUAUAAUACAGUCUUUUAAACAUUAAGCUUCCUGUCUUCUAAGGUAGUCAUCCUGAACCAAGAAUGUUUUUCUAAAAUAAGGUGCUUCAAAAUUUCCUCUAUAAAAGUCAGUCUACUUUCGUAAUAUCCAUGGGUUCUUUGGGAUAAUUUCUCUUCUGUACUGUAAUUGUUACUUAACUUGCCUCAUUAAUCAGGAAAGUGAAGAUACCCAUGCUUUUGUUCUGAUUUUUUUUCAUAAUUCAAUUAUCAAAAAAUUGAAUUGUGCAAAAUUCAGUUAUCUCUAGGCUAUGUAGAGAAGGUUCUGUCUAAAUGGACAAUAAAAUGAAGGUUUGCAAUACUGUAUCAGAGUGCUAAGAAUAAAAAAAAAAUUUAUGUGUGCUUUUUUAAAAAAAUCUUCCCUUGCUAAAAACCAUAGAAAUUUAAAUUUAAAGUUUAGACUGUGCUGUUAACUAAAUCAGAAUAUGAUACAAACAGCAUUUUAAAAUGAUCUCUUCUUGGCACCAAUAAAAAAGAUACUCAUGCACUUAAUUCUGUCUUAUUAAAAUAAAUGAUGCUUAACUUUGGCUGCAUUUUACAGAUGCUUUCUGACAUUGCAAUAUUUUAAAGUUACUUCCUGCUCAUAUAUAAUUAGUUAAUAUAAUGUGGAGUCAAAAAUUGGGUUGUCUUACAUUUUUCUUUUUGGUCAUACUUUUUAUGCUAUAAAAAGGUUUCCAUAGCUGGGCUCAGGAAUUGUCUGUUUUUCUUAUAUUUAAAGUCCAGAUUCUUAGCAUUUGGAGAAAUUGUAUGCAGUGUUCCUUUUCUGAUGUGUUACUUCCAAAAUGUAAUCCAAAUUAUGACAGCAUCAUUAAAUUCCUAUACGCUGUUGAUAUCAGGUGAAUGAUUGUCAAUUAUUUUGGCUAAUUAAGUGGAUAAAAGAGUUUCCUAAAAUAAAAUAAUGGUUCAUUUGCAAUCAAUUCUAUUUCACUGCCGUCAUAUGUAAGAUUUAGGAGUAUAAAGAUAGAUGGACCAAAAUAAAGGAUUCCUUUUCUGUCAUAUUAAAAUUGAAAGUAUAAUUAUUUGGCAAAUGUUCUGGUGGAGAAAGAUAGUAUAAGGGAUUAUUGAUUUGUGUAGUGGAACGUGAUACGAUGAAGUAAUUAUCUUUAACCCUAGAUCAUAGGGGGAGAAAUCCUAUUUAGAAUUAUUGGGGAGGUGGGGGCAAGGGUUUUUUCAGUAUUAUCGUUUCAUUACAGAGUUGUCCAUGCUGAGUUAUUAUAUAAAUGUGCAUGGUCACAUUCUCAAAUCAUAAUAGAGGCUUAAAUAAAUUGAAGUGAGAAAAAAGGACACUAGAGGGCAUCCACAGUUAAUAUAUUGGUGCUUGUCUAUUGCAACUGAAGAGCACAAUAAUGCUUUACCUACUGAUUACAAAAACUAUAGUUAAUGUUAUUAAAAAUACUUUUUUUUUUAGUUUUCUCCCUGUAACGAGGAGCUAAAGGGGUCAAGCUCAGAAGGAUCUAAUUCUGAAAUCUAAAUAGAUCCAAUAACCUCUUUCAUUCAUUUCAUUUUGUGAGGUUGUGAUCUCUUAUAUGGUGAAAAAGAUCAGUAUGUGAUGAAAAUAUUUUUAAUCUAUUCAGUGCCUGUGAUUAACUUGACAAGUAGGGUCUGAUUUCAGAUUUUGCAAUUAUCAGCCAACUCAGGCUUUUACAGGUGUGAUUCCAUUGGGCACAAGCAUAUUAAACACACAUUGAUAUGACGUGGAAUCCAACCCGCUGGUAAUGUAUAAAAUCUCCAUGACCAUCAAGCUCGGCACAGCAGUAAUUAUGAAAAUGAAAUUCAGGCCACAAACUUUCUUCCAAUUUUAGCAAAAGCACAAUGAAGACGCAUGCAUGGGUGAUGCGAGCUUGUACUCUAAAGAGAGAUGAUUCUGCCACCCUGAUUUUUGUACUGAAGUGCCUGUUUCUUGCACUUUUUGCUCAUACUGGUUCAUAAAGAACAUUUAUAUAUUGAGAUCACAGCACAUAUGUGCCCAUAACAAAGUAUUUCAGGUUAUACAGUAUUUCUACUACUACUACUAUUUCUGCUAGUAAGUUACUGUCAAACUUAAAUAGCAGAGUGAAAAGGCUCAGUUAGAAUCCUUCCUCAGUUUAAUAAAAUUCCUCUUAAGCACUAGCAAUCUGUUCCAUAGCCAUUGUAUCUCACUCCACUAAAAUCUAUGCAAUUCUUAUCACCCCUCGCAGGCAAGUAAAAUGUAUAUGCAUGAAACUUGGUAUAUGUCUACACUACCAAUCUGUGUGAGGUGCAAUCUAAAUAUAUCGGUGGGACCUGAGCUUUGAAAAUGCUCUUUUUUUGAGUGGGAAUUCAGCACACUCUUUUCCUUCCUAGAUUGCACUCAUUGGCCAUGCUCCAGAUAGUCAAGCACUUUAACAUUGUAUUGAUCUCAGUGGAAAAUUUAAGAAUAAGUCUUAUAAUUAUUCAGUUCCCCCACUGAAAUCAAUUAAAUAAAAGACUUCAAACUUUAGCUAGAUUACGAUGAUACUCUAUAAGGCUUAUCCAUUGUAACAAUCAGUGUAAGAAACAAACCCUCAUGCUUCUAUAUCACUAUAUAAAUAUUCUUUCUCAUUCAUAUGGAUACACAUGAAUAUGAAUGAGAAUAGUUUGUGUGUAUUUGUGAAAGUAUAUAAAAACAAAGAGAGAAGCAACUGCUCUCAUAAAGUGAGGCCCUGAAUUUAUGUGAGGAAUACAGCACUGAUUAUCACUGUUCUCGGUCUUAGCAUAUCUAUAUUUGUUUAUAGUCUUAUUUUGGGGGGCUCUUUCUCUUGGGAUAACUAUUGAUUAGAAAGCAUUGCUACAGUUUGGUCAGGAAAGGGAAUUUUUUGCUAGCAUAGUUGAUAAUAUGCUAAAGUUCAUAUCACAGUAUCGGGACCAUCUUAUAAUGAAUGAAAAUGAACCUUACCUCUCCUUGUUACAUAGCAUGUACAUACAUAUAUUCUCAUAUAUUUGGCAAAUAUAUAUUUGAUUGAUUUGUGCACUUUCCCCUCUGCUUACCUUGACUUAAUGAGUGCAAACUUCAGGUUAUUGCUCCCUGGUCAAUAAAGCAUGAUUGUUCAUUAAAUUUGAAAUAAUAUCCUUGGAUUUAUUAUGCCAAGCCAAAUCCCACUGACUUCAGUGGUAGAUGCUCAGGCAACUUAGGACACAGCAUUUGUUACCCGAGGACAAGAUAAGGGUAAGAACUGUACGGAGAAGGGAUAUAGCAUGAAAGGAAAGUAGAAAGGCAGGGAAUAAAUAGAUAAAUAAAGCUCUUGAAUGGAAGGGUGAAUGGGAGCGUGUGUGAGAUGGGCACGUGUUAUAUUGAUGAGGCACUGUGCAUUGAAGAAGAGCCACUUUGCUUCAGAAAGACUAGUUUCUGCACAUAAGGUACACCGGCACAGAAGGUAUUUCAAAUUGAACCAAGUGGCAUGAUAGCACUUAGAAGUGGACGAGCAUUUCUCUUUGUAAGAGUGUUUCAUUUAAACUUUGAAGCAAAGUACCUCUUUGAGGCUUUGCGUGGCUCUAUAAAAUAGGCAAAUAUAUUUAGCUGAGGAGUCACACUGAUGGCCUUCUCAGUACUGGCAAUUGCAUUACUGUUCCUUAGCUACCUACUUCCAUUCUUUUGGGUUAUUUUUCAAAGCGCAGCUAAUUUCUCAACGUUCAUUGAGCAAACUCAGUUGACCAUUUAAGUGGUUUUUCAGGAUGGUCAGUAGGUAUGGGUCAUCAGACAGAAAAUUCUGUAUCCUGAACACUGUAUUAAUUUAGUAAUGUUGGCUUAAGGCAUUAUGAUUGAACCACUCCGGUAACGUAAUGUUAAUAUGACUCUAUUCUUUUUGGUAUGAAUGGGAAAUUUGGGGAGGGGGAUGAUGGCAAAGGUAUGCCACAGUUUUCUUCAUUGAUGUUUGUGAAGCAUAUGCUCAGAGCUUUGUGAGCUACAUAUCCUCUUUUCUUUGCUCAAACCUGAACAAAGCCAUUUGGAUUUUUGCAGCUGAAAAUCCAUUUCUGUUGAUAAGGCAGGUAUCCUAAGCAUUACUGAUGUUCAUAGGCUCAGUUGCCACAUUGAAAGAAUGGGGAAAUUUAAGAUUUGGACUUCCAAUCGUACUGGCACUAUAUAUUAUCUUAUGCAAGUUUUAUUAGUAGCAUUAUUAGUAUUAUUAUUGUUAGGGGCUGGAAGGGAGAAUGUGGGAAUCAUUUUUUCUCCACCAUGUGACUGCUUGCACUGGCGUUACGCAGCUUUGAUGUUGAGCGAGCUUGUGCUGAACACAUCUGCUGAUAAAGUUUUGUUACUUUCUUGUACUAUGCCACACAACUCUGGAAACUCACCUCAGUUACAAACCUGGCUGACCUGAAACUCCAGAAGUUUCAGAACUGUAAGCCCCUACAGGAAUGGCUACCUAAAAUCUUUUCCUCAGGACUGAAUCUCAUGGAUAGUUAUGGUAUAUUUUCAUGGCUAUUGGACUUUCUUCCAGCCCAUGUGCUGCCAACAAAGCACCCUCAUUCUACACCAAAAUCUCUCAACAUUGCACUUCUUCCCAGCUGACUCAAGAGAGGUGCAUCACCCAAACGAUCCAUUAUGGAAGUGCAACAAGGAAGUCUCCAGAACUCUCUCAGGCAUUUCCACACAACUCAAUUUGCAGAUACAAGGGGGUGCCUCAGACCUCCUCCUAUUUGCCUUUACCCGUCUUCCCCUCACAGACUCAAUUCCAAACUGUUUAAUCAUGCACAUGUAUAAAUGAGGGGAGGGGGAGAAACAAUCUAGAAAUCUAUUACUACGUAUGUAUUAAAAAUGUUAAUAUCACACCUUUUCUGACAAUGUUUAAAAAGUUAUUACUUUGCAGACUAUGCUUUAUAGUACCUGUGUGAGGGGCUAGGACACUGGAUACGAAUAGAGCUAUGUUGAUAUAUAAUAGUAUGUACACGAGAAUCUUCAUUUUGUCAUACAUUAUACUUGUAAUGUAAUAUGAUUAAUUAAAAACACUUCAGUUUAUUAAA